AUGGAGUAUGUGGGCAGAAGGGUGAAGAAGGAGUCCCAAGGCCACGGCACGAGCUUUGGUUCGGUUCAGUCUUACGAGCCGUCGACUGAGGUUUUUAAGAUCGUGUACGACGGUGGAGAUUCCGAAGAAUUGGAGCUCGCGGAGGUUUCUUCUCUCUUGCUGUCCACCGACCCUCCACCUCCGCCUCCGCCGCCGUCCGAGGCUCCAGUCAGGAAGCGAGGCCGCCCAAAGAAGCGACGCCGCAUUGUGAAUAAAGGUACAGGCAACGGUGAUCUUAAAAUUGAGAGUGGGGUUAAUGAGAAUUUGUUAGGUGGAGAGGCGGGUUCUGGGGGCUUUGAUUUGAAUUCGAAUGAAGGAAUGGAUUUGGAUGUUGAUGCGCUUAACCCUAUCACUAGGGACGAUUAUGGGGUGAAUGGGGUUGGAGCUGGGGGAGACAUUCGUGGCUUGGAUUUGAAUGAGGUUGUGAAUAUGGAGUCAAAUGAGAAGUUGUGUCUGAAUAAUGGUGGCGUUGUUGGAAAUUCGGGAGAAACGAAAGAAAUUAUUGACCUGAAUGUGGAUGCAUAUGAAGAUUGCGAGACGUUAACAGAUGGGAGAAAAGGGCGUUGCUUUGACUUGAAUUUACAGUUGACCGAGGAUGAGGUGAGGAACUUGGAAGAACGUGAGCUGCAAAAGGGAGCAAAUGAAACUAUUCAUAACAAAGGAAAUAUGCAGUUGAAUGAAGUCUUGGUGGAGCAUGAUACCAAAGAAUAUUUAGUGAAUGUAGAUGAUGGAAAUCCUGUAGUGAAUGUAGAGAACAAAGAUGAUAGCCCAAUGAGGAACUGCGCUUCUGGGCUCGAUAACGGAAAUGUGGCUACACAACAAAUGAAAAGUGGUAGAAAGAGUAAAGAUACUUCGAUCAAUAAUAUCAAAGUAUCCUCCCUGGAGCCACGACAUGAGAACAUGAACUCAGAGUUGGAUAGUGUAGAAGGAACACCAUCGAGAAUGGGUGAUGAUUCGGUUGAUCACGAAAAUGGAAUUUUGGGAACUCUAACUAGAGGGAGAAGAGGUCGGAAGAGGAGAGAUUUAUCAGAUAAUAACGUUAUUUUGCCUACUCCUUCAACAGGAUUGAGAAGGAGCAGCCGUAGAGCAAAGAGAGAAGCUUUGUCUGAUUCUGAUCAAGUCCAAAAUGCGGCAGACUUGGAUGACACUGAUCCAAAGUUGUCAUCUCCAGCAAUUAGUUUCAUAUCUCAAGAAAAGAAAGUUGUAAAAUCUCGUCGAAAAUCUUCUCAUCCUGUUAUUCUUCCACCUAAACUGGAGCUGCCGCCGUCUUCUUGCAACUUGGAUCUAGAUGGAGUUCCUAUGUUUGAUUUAGUUUCUGUUUACGCAUUCUUGCGGUCAUUCAGCAUUUUGUUAUUUUUAAGUCCCUUUGAGUUGGUUGAUUUUGUGGCGAGUGUUAAAUGCAACGACUCGACAUUAUUAUUCGAUUCGAUUCAUGUUUCUUUAUUAAGAGCUUUACGUACGCAUCUUGAGUCACUUUCCAAUGAAGGUUCCGUGUCAGCAGCUGAUUGUCUAAGGUCUCUUAAUUGGGAUCUUCUUGACCUGAUUACGUGGCCAAUGUUUGCGGUUGAGUAUCUAUUAUUACACAGCCCUGGGUACAUUCCUGGCUUAGAUCGUUGUCACUUGAAGAUUCUUCUGAAUGACUAUUACAAACUGCCCAUCUCCGCAAAAGUUGAGAUACUGCGGCAUCUUUGUGAUGAUGUCAUUGAAGUAGAGGCAUUUAGGUCAGAGCUGAACCGAAGGAUGUCGGCAACAGAAUACCAGACGGACUUGAACCGUGAUUCGAAAUUUGAGAGUUUUCGUAAAAGAAAACCUGCCAUGGAUGUCGCUAGUAUGUCUUGUGUCAUGGAAGAAGAUGCCGAGGAACAUGCAGAUGGGAAUAGUGAUGAAUGUUGCCUUUGUAAGAUGGAUGGGAACUUGAUAUGCUGUGAUGGUUGCCCUGCAGCAUUCCAUUCAAGGUGUGUGGGUGUAGUCAGCAGGCUGUUGCCUGAGGGCGAUUGGUAUUGUCCUGAAUGUGCCAUUGAAAAGGAUAAGCCCAGCGUGAAAGUGGUGAAGUCAAUCCGAGGAGCAGAACUUUUGGGGAGUGAUGUUUAUGGACGGAUAUUUUAUAGUAGCUGCGGUUACCUGUUGGUGUUGGAGUCAUUCAAUGAAGAAUAUUCAUUUUGUUGCUAUGAUAGAAAUGACUUGUCUGGCCUUGUUGAAGUUCUGGAGUCAGCCCCAUUUGUCUAUGACUCUAUUAUAAGUGCAAUUUGUGAGCAUUGGAAUGUAAUUCGUGGAGUUGGUGGGGCCAAAAAUGUCCUUCACUCGCGAUCCUGUUCUGUACAGUCAACUCUUCCUGGAAAAGGGAAACUGCAGCAUAUAAAUAUGGCACCAUCAGAAAUUCUAAACAAGGAUGUGUCUUUUGCUGAAAAGAUGUCCGAUGAAAAAUCAAUAGCGUGUACUGGAAUUACUAAUUCCAGUAACACAGAACUUGAUAUUACAGAUAAUGGAAUAGUCAUUCUGGAGACCGGCAACAAUGGUUUGAAAAUGGAAAAUAAUGUGGCAAGUUCUGAAGGAUCAAAUGAAGUCUGUCAGACAUUCCCAAAAACUGACACUUUAAAAGGAAAUGGUCCUCCUGAUUCUUCUAUAAGAGGGCCUGAAAGUGUGAACGACUGUCAUAUUCCUGGGAAGCUUGGUGGAGAUCAUCACAUGACUUUGACCUCUGUAAAUGUUGAAAAAGAGAAUAAUCUUGGUUCAGAAAAUCAUAGCUUUGCACCUGACAGCAUAAACUUUGGAGUGUUGUCUCCAGCGCAUUGCCCGAUGAAUUAUGACAACUGUUAUGAGUUAGCUCGAAUAGCAUCUUCAUAUUAUGAAGCAUUCACUAGUAAAUCAUCUGAUAAGACCCCUGGAGCUCCCCUUAAAACUGUUGAAGAAUUUAUAGCAGGACAGGUGAAGGUUGUAUCGAACAGAUUUGCCGAAUUUUCGUGGUCAAAUAUUCAGAAUAAAAAUGUGAAGCUCAGGAAGGAAAGAUGUGGGUGGUGCUUCUUUUGCAGGUAUCCUGAUGAUGAAAAGGACUGCUUAUUUAUUAUGAAUGAUGCUAUUCCAGUUGUAGAGAACUUUACUUGUGAGGUUUUGGGAAUUCAGUCUGGAAAAAAUAGGAAGAACCAUCUUCUUGACAUCAUGUGCCAUAUCAUAUGCUUGGAAGAUCAUCUGCAGGGCCUUCUUUUAGGUCCAUGGUUAAAUCCACAUUACUCCAUGCAAUGGCGCAAAAGUGUUUUAGGAGUGGUUGACUUGGUUUCACUAAAGAAACUGCUGCUGAAGCUAGAAUCGAAUGUCCAUCAUCUAGCAAUUUCUGCGGACUGGCGAAAGCAUGUUGAUUCUGUUAUUACAAUGGGCUCUGCUUCUCAUAUUAUCAGCAGCUCUGCUCGAGCGUCCUCAAAGUAUGGCACUGGCAAGAAGAAGGCCAAGUCUUCUGAGUUGGGGACUGCCCCAUCUUCAAAUACCGCCACUGGACUUAGUUUUUUCUGGUGGAGAGGUGGGAGGGGUUCGCGUAUGCUAUUUAGUUGGAAGGUUUUACCUAACGCUCUGGUUUUGAAGGCUGCUCGGCAAGGUGGAGGCAAGAAGAUACCUGGUGUACUAUACCCCGAGAUAGGAGAAUAUGCCAAGCGAACUAAAUCUGCUUCUUGGAGAGCUGCAGUUGAGACAUCUACAAGUGUGGAGCAGCUGGCACUCCAGAUUAGGGAGCUCGACGCUAAUAUUAGAUGGGAGGAUAUUGGGAAUUCCAGCCUUAUCUCCAAGAUAGACAAGGACACCAAAAAACCUGUUAGAUCAUUCAAAAAGGUCAUAGUCCGUAGGAAGUGCUCUGAGGGAUCAGUGGUCAAGUAUCUGUUGGAUUUUGGAAAAAGAAGAUUUAUUCCUGAGGUUGUCGUGAAACAUGGAACCAUGCUUGAAGACUCAUCAAAUGAAAGGAAAAGAUAUUGGCUGGAAGAAUCUCAUAUGCCACUGCAUCUCUUGAAAUCCUUCGAGGAAAAGAGAGUUGCUCGUAAAUCUAAUAAGACGAUCUCUGGGAAACAUCAUGAGAGUGCCGGAAUAAUGAGGAAGUCUAUCAAGAAAAAAGGAUUCGAAUAUCUUUUCUCCAGAGCUGAGAGACCGGAGAACUAUCAGUGUGGUCAUUGCAAGAAAGAUGUUCCAAUCAGGGAGGCUGUUAGCUGCCAGCAUUGUGAAGGCUUUUUCCAUAAAAGGCAUGUACGGAAAUCUGUUGGGUCCACUAUAUGUGCAUUUACAUAUACUUGCCAUAAGUGCCAGGGUGGUCAGUCUGUGAAAGUUGAUGCAAAUAAGGCUAAAUCUCAGUCCCCAAAGCUGAAGAAUGCAUCGACACGACUGAAAACUUUACGCUCAACGAAAGGCAAAAAGAUGAGGAAAGUAAAGCGAAAAGUGAAGUCCAAAAACCUUAAAGGAGUUCCUUUGGUUGAACCACUGCGAAGAUCUGCCAGGAAUGCAGAACGUGUUGCGAAGCUACCUCUGCAGAGUACUAGGGUGAAGAAACGGAAGAAGAGAAAACAAGCUAAAACGGAAAAGGGCUUGUCUAAGAAGCCCAAAAUUAGUAGUUGUAAGAAGAAGAGGACACCUGUCAAUAGCAGUUACUGGCUAAAUGGUCUACAAUUAUCACAUAGGCGAAAUGAUGAAAGGUUGAUGCAUUUCAGGAGUAGGAUGCUUCUCGUGCUUCCUGGGGAAGUGACUUCUGUCCUCCAUAAACCAAAAUGCAGCCUGUGUGGUGAACUGGAGCAUAAGUCUGAUGUCGGUUAUGUGGCCUGUGAAAUUUGUGGAGUUUGGUUGCAUGUAGAUGCUUUGAAUCCUAGAGCUGGUGAGAUUGAAAAUGUUAUUGGCUUCAAGUGCCACUCGUGUUUGCAUAAACGGCCUCCUCUCUGCCCUCAUCCUUGUCCUAUUGAAAAGGACAAGGAUGAACUUAUUUCCGAAAAGAAGACUGAUACUGAGUGCACCAAGGAGAAGUCUAAUUGUUUGGCUAAACCAAGUGACAAAUCAGCAUGUCAGAAAUCUCAUUCAGACAGUGACUCCAAGGAUGAAUGUAUGACUGUCAAUUUUGAGAAGCAGCCGUCUGACACUGCCUGA